AUGGAGAUUCUGUUGUUUGGAAACGGGUUCAAUUCUAUCUCCACGAACCCAACAACGUUGGCAUGUCCUUUGUUUCCAUUCCCAUCGGCAGCUUCAUUUUCAACCGAAUUUAAACCAAUCAAGAGCUCGGAAUUUACCACCAGUGCCGCUGCAACAACGGCUGCUGCUGCUGCUGAACUGGAUGAAGCUCGAAUUGGGGUUAGAAAUGAUCGUAAUAAAUCAGCAAGAAUUUUCCCAGCUUCCCAUAAGGCAAAGCAAUCUGCAAUUCUGGAUAUUCAAGAAUCCUCUGACCUGGGUUCUGCUCUUUCAAGGUCCGGAGAACAGUUGAAAACUCAAGAUUUGAAUUUUAUUUUGCGCCAUUUCGGAAAUCUAAGCAGAUGGAGGGAGCUUUCCGAGCUCUUUGACUGGAUGCAGAAACAUGAGAAGACCAACUUUGCUUCUUACAGCAGUUACAUAAAGUUCAUGGGGAAGAGUCUUAAUCCGACUAAAGCACUGGAAAUCUACAACAACAUUAAAGAUGAUUGUACAAAGAAUAAUGUUUCUGUCUGUAACUCUGUCCUUAGCUGUCUGGUGAAAAAUAAGAAGUUUGAGACCAGCCUCAAAAUGUUUACUCAAAUGAAGAGAGAGGGACUGAAACCAGACAUUGUUACUUAUUCUACGCUGCUUAUAGGUUGUGCAAAAGUCAAAGGUGGCUAUUCUAGGGCUUUGGAACUGGUUCAGGAGCUGAAAUUUCAUGGUCUACGCAUGGACAGUGUAACUUAUGGCACAAUUUUGUCUGUUUGUGCUUCUAAUAAUCAGUGCAAAGAAGCAGAGCAGUAUUUCGAUGAAAUGAAGAGUGAAGGUCAUUCUCCUAAUGUCUUCCAUUACAGCUCGUUGCUGAAUGCCUAUUCUGUUAAUGGUAACUAUCAGAAGGCAGAUGAGUUAAUUCAAGAGAUGAAAUCUGUAGGGAUUGUGUUGAACAAGGUUGUUUUGACAACUUUACUCAAAGUCUAUGUUAAAGGUGGUUUAUUUGAGAAAUCAAGAGAACUUCUGAAUGAAUUGGAAGCUUUAGGCUAUGCCAAAGAUGAGAUGCCAUAUUGUAUACUUAUGGAUGGCCUGGUAAAGGCUAGACAAAUCCCUGAAGCAAAAUCAAUAUUUGACGAGAUGAAGAAUAAAAAUGUGAAAACAAAUGGCUACUGCUACAGUAUUAUGAUUUCAGCAUUCUGCCGCAUUGGACGCCUCAAGGAUGCAAAGGAAUUAGCUUCUAGCUUUGAAGCUGAACAUGACAAAUAUGAUGUAGUUAUUUUAAACACAAUGCUCUGUGCUUACUGCCGAGCAGGAGAAAUGGAAAAUGUCAUGAAAAUGAUGAAGAAAAUGGAUGAAUUAGCAAUCACUCCCGACUGGAAUACCUUUCGAAUUCUGAUCAAGUACUUUUCCAAAGAAAAGCUCUAUAUACUUGCUUACCGUACUCUGGAGGACAUGCACGCAAAAGGCCAUCGACCGGACGAGGAGUUGUGUUCUUUUCUGAUUUACCAUCUCGGUAAAACUGGUGCCCAUGCGGAAGCAUUUUCUGUAUAUAAUAUGUUGAGGUACGGCAAAAGAGCCAUGUGCAAGGCUCUUCAUGAAAGGAUUCUACACAUAUUAAUUCAAGGGCAACUACUGAAAGAUGCAUAUUUAGUAAUCAAGGACAAUGCGGACUUUAUUUCCAAGCCUGCUAUAAAGAAGUUCACCAUUUCCUUUAUGAAGUCAGGCAAUAUAAACUUGAUUAAUGAUGUACUAAAGGCCAUCCAUGGUUCAGGAUUCAAGAUUGGACAGGAAAUAUUUCACGAAGCUAUAUCACGAUAUCUGGAAAACUCUGAGAAGAAAGAACUUCUCCUUCACUUGCUACAGUGGAUGCCGGGUCAAGGCUACUUUGUCGAAUCAUCCACCAGAAACUUGAUCCUCAAGAAUUCUCACUUGUAUGGGCGUCAGGUCAUUGCUGAACUGUUAUCCAAGCAUCAUUUGGUGUCAAAAGCCAUGAAGUCUCGUUUUGUUCGGGAGAAGGAAGAAGACAAUACGGAAGCACCACGGAGUGGAAGUUGGCACCGGAAAAAGAUGAACAAAGUGAAAAGAUGUCAGUUGGAUGAGUAA